UCUUCUUCUUCGUGUUCGGAUAAAAAAGAAAUGCCGAAUAGCAAAAUGCCUAGACACAGACAUCUCUUCUUCUACGCCUUCUUGAUUUUAAUUUCUUCUCCUCCUUCAUCAGCUGAGCUUGGUAAGGCCAGUCACUACAAUCCGCCUUACAUCCCAACCGCGUGUUUUGGACGAGAUUUCUCCCAAUUGCCGUCCGAUGGCUAUUUCGCGGCGGUCGGCGAUGAUCUUUGGAACAACGGAACUGCUUGUGGGAAAAAGUACAUGGUGAGCUGCAUAAGUUCUCCCUUCUCGAGGGCGUGUAAAAAAGAAAAGACAAUUCAAGUCCGAGCAGUUGAUAGGGCUAAAACAGCAGUUUCCCGAUCAUCCCAGGCUGGAACCACCAUCACACUCUCCCGAGCUGCCUUUGAAGUCAUUUCAGAUAUCCGCUCAACCUGGGUUGCUAUACAAUUCAAACAGGUGUGAUAUUAAGGCGUGGAAAUGGUUCAGAUUGGAGGGGUUGCAUUUGGUGUUUGAUCAUUACUAGGAGUGUUAGCGAACAGCUUUCGGUAUUUAUGUUUAGUAAGGAUUCGUUUAUUAAGGUAAACGAAUAUAAAUGAACAAAUUUUAAAGUUCAGUUCAUAAAUGAACAGAGUCUGAACAGUUAUAAGCUCGUUUGCUAAACGCUUGUGAAUAAGCUCGUUGGUUUCUGUUUAAUAAUGUUCAUGAACA